UUAUAUUAAGCGGUAGAUAGAAUAAUAUAUUCGAAUUUAAUGGGCUGAAACAGGGGAGGGAAUGAAAAACAUUAGAAUUUUAUACACGUGUCAGAAACCCAAAGCGGGGGAGGCCCCACCGUGAAGGGAGGAAGGCACAGACGGGAGCCCACCACCAUCACCACCAGUCAAGCAGCAGUAGUAUCUCCACCUUCCCCCACAAGCAGGGGCCGCAUACAACAUCAUUCCAUUUCUCUUCGUCUCCUUCUUCAUCUUCACCAAAACUCCCCUCAACUAAAAUAGUAUCAAACUAUCGAUAAAUAAAAAAAGCUUCCGCCCCCUGAAUUCAUGAUGAUCAUACUUUGAUUACCCCCAUUACUACUUUCUAACUGCGUAUAUAUAUCUAUAUAUAUAUAUAGCUCUACUAAUACGGCUGGUAAAAGCGAUUCAUUCACUAACUACUACUAUAAUCCAACAAACCAUAACUUUCACUUAAUAUACUAUAUAAAAAUUCCAUUCCGUACUAUUUCUUAUUAAUAUAUUGGCAAGAUUUCUUUUCUUUCCUUUCUUUUUUAGUUUUUUUCCUUCCAAUUUGCGCGUAAGAUUUUCAUUACUUUUUUUUUUUAAUUUGGUUUUUUUUUGAGGGUGGUUUAAUUAAUCUUUCUUUUGAUUGUGGCUAUGCCGACGCCGGUAGCCACGGCCAGGCAAUGCUUAACAAGGGAGGCAGAGCUGGCUCUAGACGAAGCAGUGGCCGUCGCCCGCCGCCGCGGCCAUGCCCAAACCACUUCACUUCACUUGGUUUCAUCUCUGCUUUCCCUUCCUUCUUCUUCAAUCCUACGUGAAGCUUGUUCCCGUACCCGUAACAAUGCCUACUCCACCCGUAUCCAAUUCAAAGCUCUGGACCUCUGUUUAGGUGUUUCCUUAGACCGCCUCCCUUCUUCCAACUCCCGGGUCGACGACCCGCCGGUCUCCAACUCCCUCAUGGCCGCCAUUAAGCGAUCUCAGGCUAACCAGAGAAGGCAGCCUGAGAAUCUUCAUUUCUAUCACCAUCAACAACAAUAUCAGCAGAAUCAGCAGAAUCAGAUGGUUCUGAAUGCGUCUCCUUCCUCUUCGUCGUCAUCGUCGAUUUCUGUCGUGAAAGUUGAGCUGCAGAAUCUGAUUUUGUCCAUCCUGGAUGACCCGGUUGUGAGCAGAGUAUUUGGGGAAUCCGGGUUCAGGAGUUGUGAAAUUAAGCUUGCUAUACUCAGGCCGGUCCAUCAGCUUUUCAGGUACUCAUCAAGGUAUAAAGGGCCACCCGUGUUUUUGUGUAAUUUGAGUGGUGGUGAUAAUAUUAUUAAUGAUCCACGCCCAAGGGGGUUCAGCUUCUCUUACACGGGGUUUUCAGGGGUUUUAGAUGGGGAGGAAAAUUACCGGAGAAUCGGGGAAAUUAUGGCCAGGAAAGAUGGAAAAAGGAAUCCUUUACUUGUGGGUGUUUCUGGUUACGAAACUCUGAUGAGCUUCUUGGAUAUGGUCCAGAGGAGAAGAGGAAGGACGAUUUUGCCUCUGGAGGUUUCCGGAUUAGGGGUGGUUUCUGUAGAGCACGAGGUGCUCAAGUUCAUUAGUGGGAAUUAUGAGGAAGAAUCGCUGAAACUGCGAUUUGAGGAGAUUGAAAAAAUGGUUGAAAAUUGUAUUGGACCUGGUGUUGUGGUUAAUGUGGGUGACAUAAAGUCGAUCUCCGGCUAUGAUGAUGAAGCCUCAUCAUCAGUUGAUGCUCUGAGGUUUGUAGUUGGGGAGCUGACAAAAUUGUUGGAGAUUCAUGCAGGGAAAGUCUGGUUGAUUGGUGCAGCAGCAAGAUACGAGACGUAUUUGAAGUUCUUAAAUACGUUUCCCUCUGUUGAAAAAGACAUGGAUUUGCAGCUUUUGCCUAUCACCACUGCUAUGAGAUUUUCUGUGGGAGAGUCAUACCCGAGAUCCAGCUUGAUGGAGUCUUUUGUUCCGUUUGGUGGUUUCUUUUCCAGUCCUCCUGAGCCAAAAAGCUCAUUCAUGACUGGCUUUGACCAAAGUGUGUGUCAGCUCUGCACUGAUCAGAAGUGCGAAGAAGUUGAUGUUCAAGCAAAUGGAGGGAUCAUGGCCAAUGAUCGUCAUCAAUCUUCUUGGCUCAACUCCAGCCCCCUCACGGCAUACAAUAGCUUGGACAUUAUGAAGGCUCAAGAUGACAGCGCGUUUUCGUGUACUAAAGUUGCAGGAUGCCGACAUUUUCCCUGGAGCCAAACAUCACCAAAGGACGCUGAAAGCAGCCAAUUAGGAUCUCAAAUUACAUCCGUAGUUGGGUUUCAGGUUCCUGAAGCUGGAAAAUCAAACCCCAAAAAUGACUCCAUGAGCCCUGGUAGCACAUCUUCAACACCAAACGACAGCAGGGAGACAAAUUCUUCCAUGUCAAGAGACUCCCAGCAAUUUUCAGCUCCAAAAGUAAGCAGUCCAACAAGUUUACUUUCAAAACGCAGCAAUGUGGACCUUUGCGAAAACUCACCAAAAGUGUCAAGGGACCAAAGCCAUCGUUCUCCUAUCAGUUUGACCAAAUCUAGGGUCCGGGAUGGCUUCGCUUCGCCGGCCUCUGCAGAUUCACAGACUUUUGAUCUGAAUUUAGGGAUCAACGGCCCUUCCGCGAGCAGACAACAUUUCAAGCCUAGUACAAGUGAUGGUUGCUUACGUCUAGUUCAGAAGUUCUCGUCCUGCUUGUAUUCUGAUCCUGACGAUAUCAGCAGAAAUAUCUCAGUCAAUCCAAGUAAAAGCUCAACUUAUUCCCAUAAUAUCAAGGGUCAAGUUGAUGUACAAGAUUUCAAGAGCCUUUACAAAGCUCUAGUGGAAAGAGUAGGCAGGCAAGAGGAAGCGGUUGAAGUUAUUAGCCAAACAAUAACUCAUUGCAGGAUGACAAAUGAAAGGCGCCAUGGUGUAAACCGUGGAGAUAUAUGGUUUAAUUUUAUUGGACCUGAUCGUUUGGCCAAGAAGGAGAUUGCCUUAGCACUUGCUGAAUUCCACGGGAGCAGAGGAAAUCUAAUCCAUUUGGAUCUCGCUUCCCAAAUCCCUUCGAAUUCUGAUGAUGUUCAGGGGAGUAGGAAUUCUCAUCAUUCUGUCUACCGCGGAAAGAGCCACGUCGAUUACAUUGCCGAGAAGCUGUGCAAGAGACCUUUUUCUGUUCUUCUUCUUGAAAAUGUUGACAGAGCUGAUUGUCUGGUUCAAAGUAGCUUGUCCAAAGCUGUGAAGACAGGAAGGUUCUCAGACUCGCAUGGAAGAGAGUUUGGAAUUGGUAAUGCUAUAUUUUUGACAACUUCAGGUCUCAAAAGUGGUGAAGCGAUUAUGCCUGUAGGAGCAGAGGACUAUUCUGAGGAAGAUGUUUCAAGUGUGAAGGGCUCACCAAUCCAAAUGAUGAUAGGAUUUGAUCUUGGAGAUUAUACAGCUGAAUCAGGCUUAAGUACUUUAUGCAGCUCUAAGCGGAUAUUUGUGAACAAAAGAAAGCUGAUUGGCAAAACUGAAACUUCAGAUCAAUGUGACAGUUUGGAGAUGGUAAACCGAGCCCACAAGGCAUCGAAUACGUCGCUGGACUUGAACUUUCCUGCUAAAGAGGGCGAAGUCUGCGACGCUGUUUCAUGGGAAUGUUCCACGAGCUGGUGGGAAGAUUUCCUAGGAGAAGUAGAUGCCACAGUGACAUUCAAACGUUGUGAUUUCGAUGCAAUAUCGCGACAAAUACUGGAGGAUAUCAGCGAAUGCUUUCAACGAGUCGUGGCCUCAGAUUGUUCGCUGGAGAUUGAUUCCAGGGUUAUGAUUCAGCUUGUGGCAGCUGCAUUUUUGAAAGACAAGAAGGCGGUGCAGAAAUGGGUUCAAUGUGUUCUGAGCAAAGGAUUUGAAAUAGCUCAGGAGAAAUAUAGCCUGAAUGGUCGUUCCACAGUCAAACUCUCUGUCCGAGAGGAGAUGAUUCUUGUAGAAGAAGAACAACUGCCAUCUGAAUUGCUUCCUUCUGCAAUUAUACUACACUAAUUUCCUCGUUUGUUUUAGCAAAGAAAUCAGUCGCAUAAUGCUACUGAGUGUUCCUGGUAAUGAACCUCAAGUAGUGUACUAAUAAUAAUAUAAGACUAUACUGUACGUAGCAGUUAAGAGUCGGAAGACCAGAACUUUGGAUUUCAGGAUCUGAUUAAUUACGGUAGGAUGCAGUAAAAGGCCAUUUUGGUUGGUCCUUGUGGAUAAUAUGAUGUACUAGUACCUCAUUUGGUGUACAUUCAGCUUGAGUUAAAAGAAUUUAUUAACUUCUGCUAUUCCAGUUAUUAAAAUUGAGCUG